AUGACCAAGCGUCGCUACUGGAACUCGCUGGGCAUCGGCGCAGACAUCCCCCUACAGAACAUAGUCACUGCCCGUCUGCGCGACAUCGUCCGCGAGUUUGGGGCCCUCGACAACCCCAUCCCAACCGCCCAGGCCCGCAUUGGGCUGCGCGAGCCCAUCAGGGCCGCCAUGCACCGCUUCGGACAAGCCAUCCGCCGCGCCUACCACGACGACCCCGAGGCAGCCCUGAACCGUCUCGUUGAGAUUGCCAUCGAGCAGAUGCACGCCUACAAUCGCCACAGCACCAUGCCAGACACGGCCCAUCUCGUGCGCCAGGUCCGCACCGGCCAGGCGCGCCAGAGCCAGCUGCAGGCCGAGAUCGACAAACUGCACAACAAGAUCCAGGCCCAGCAAGACAUGAACAGCAAGCUGCACGACCAGAUCAGGCACCACGUGUACACGGUCGACCAGCUGGAGCAGAAGCUGCAUCCGCACGUCCAGGCCGCCGUCCUCGCGCCCCACGCUCUGCACAACGACAGAGUCACCAUCGCCCGCGAGUCCCGGAUCCUGAGUACGGUCCAGCUAUCCGAGUUCCUCCGUGACAAGCGCGACGUCUAUGCUGACGGCACGCUGGACCACGGCCAGAUGAGCUGGGACGCCUUCAGACAGUGCCUCAGGGCCAAGUUCAGCUUCGACCCGGACCUGGAGGAGGUCCGCGUCUAUCUGCCCAUGGCGAUUGCCGACCCGCUCGAUGCUAGUCCCCCCAACGCGCCCCAGAUGUGGAUGGUCGUCGACGGAUACCAAUCCUGGAUGAUGGCGCUGGCGCGCAUGCAGGGCGCCGCUGUGCUGUCGGAGCGGGUGAACAUGGUUCGCGCGCGCGUGGGGAAGACUUUCCGUAUCACGGAGAAGAUCCCCGGGAUUGUGAGGAGGGUGGCACAGGCUAAGGUUAGAGCUGAGCGGAAAGCUGCUGAGAAAGCCAAUCGGGCUGCUGCCGCCGCUGCUGCUGUUGCGCAGAACACUGCUCAGACUGCUGCUGCGGGCCCUGUGCAGAACGCCCAGGCUGCGAACUAG